GCUGUGACAGCACGCAAUUUAUUCCAGAAACCCCAAAAUGGCAAUGAUACCCACUACCUACAACGAGAAGGAUAACGUCUGGAGUGGAGCCAAGCGCAACUCCAUAUACAGCUAUGACACGUCCGUAGGUAAAAUCAUUUUCAAUACCAUGAAGAACUGGCCCAAGAACGUGUGCCAGAUAUGCGAUAUUGAUGGCGUGACAGUAACCUUUGAACAGGGUCUAACCUGGGCUAUUCGGAUUGCCCAGUACUUCAAGAAACGUGGACUCAACCACAAGGAUGUAAUUGGAAUUGCAGCGAAAAACUCAUCCUAUGUGAUGCCGCUGGGAGUGGGUUGUCUAAUGAAUGGAACACCAUUUCACUCGGUCAAUCCAGUGCUGGAUGCAGCUACAAUAACCCAUGUGUUCUCGAUAACUAAGCCGUCUCUGAUAUUCUGCGAUGGCAAUGAAUACGAGAAGGUGCAUGCCGCAACCAUUGGAUGGCACCCGGAUAUCUACACGCUCACAGACCACGUCGAAGGAGUCCCUAAGAUUGAAACUCUUCUGGAUCCCACAACGUCAGAGAAGAUGUACCAGCCGGAAAAUUUGAAGGACGGAGGCGACCAGACUGUGGCUAUAUUGUGCUCCUCGGGAACAACUGGUUUGCCCAAGGCGGUUUGUAUUUCCAACAGUAACCUCAUACAAGACUCCAUGUUGGUCCACAGCGAAUCGGUUAUCUUCAUAGCCAGCUGUCUGGACUGGAUCACCGGCCUGUGGGCAUUCGUCUUUAGCGCGGUCUUCGGUGUCACUCGCAUCAUUACCAAUAAAGCCUUUUCCCCCGAAUACUUUGUGUAUUUGGUGAAAAAGUACAAGAUUAACUAUGCCGUGCUGCCGCCUCGCCAUCUGUCGGCCCUUAUCAGUUGUCCGGAUGCCACCCCGGAAGCUUUGGCACCUUUAACGCAUCUGAAUUAUGGCGGGGGCUUGGUUUCCACCACCACACUGCAGCGGGCCCAGGAGCUGUGCAAACGUGCCAUGUUCAAUUCCGGCUACGGAAUGACAGAGGUUGGAGCUAUAACGAUCAAUAUUGGAAUCAGCAACAUCUCCUCGGCCGGCAGACUCAUUCCAGGGGUUAGAAUACGCAUUGUCGACGAGGAUGGCAAGAACAUGACAUACAAUCAGGUUGGAGAAAUCUAUGUGCACACAGGUCAGGCCUGGAAUGGCUAUUACGGCAAUCCAGUUGAGACACGGCGCAUGCAGGACUUCGAGGGCUGGUUCCACACCGGUGAUCUAGGCUACUUCGAUGAGCAGAACUUCCUUUACAUAGUCGAUCGCAAAAAGGAGAUCCUAAAGUACCAGGGCCUUCACUAUUGGCCGACUGAGAUCGAGAGUGUCAUCUCGGAGCUGCCGCAAGUGCAGGACGUGUGCGUCGUUGGAGUUUACGAUGAGCGGGAGGGCGAUGCUGCCGGCGCCUUGGUGGUCAAGACCAAAGGAGCUGUAGUAACAGCAAAGGAUAUUUCGGAUCACGUGGCCAAGCGGUUACCUGCAGUGCAAAAGCAACUGCGUGCCGGAGUCCAGUUCACCGACAAGCUGCCGGCCAAUGUGAAUGGCAAGACGUUGCGCAAGACGGCACGCGACGUUUUUGUUGCACAAAACGGGACCGGCAAGUGAGUUCUCAACGGUCUAACAAGUACAUAUAUAUAUUCCUAUAUUUUGCAAUCAUAAGUGUGUCAGAUAAGUUCAAAGAAUAAUAUUCAGUUGGAGUGUUUUAGUUCUGAGCACUCGACAAUACAGACGAACCUUUGGUCAGCAAUAAAGUGUUCCUGAAACAG